AUGGACACGAAGCUCCUGAAAUUCCAGAUCCUUCAUGGGUCAAUCCUCUGGCGCGUGUUCUUCCGUUCAAUCAUGCUAGCAGCUACCAUUUCAAUGGUUGCUCUCUUUCGCGCUUUAUCCGAUUUCGAUUUGGGAAAUUUGGUUCCCAUUGCAAACAAUUUCAACUGUUUUGCAGAUUCAGAUAACCCCAGUUCGAAUUUCUUUCAGAAUCGAUUCUGGGGCAACAUGGAUUGUGAAAAAGACGUGAACUUGACUAUGAACGUUGUCACUGAGUUAAUGGGUAAGCAGUUUCUGAACUGUGAAGCGAAUACCCUUUGUGUUGGUGAAGGUUCUUCAAUGGCCGUUAAGGCAAUGAAACAGUUGGGUUUUUCAACUGUUAGUGGUGUUUACACCAACCGUUUUUUCACACUCAAUAUGAAGAGGAUUGUCUAUGAGUUGGAUUAUCAAGACUCUUCGUUUGAUUUCGUUUUGUCUAGAGAUCUUGACAAGGUUUCUGUACCUGCUUUGCUUGUACUUGAGGUUGAACGUGUUCUUAAGCCUAAUGGAAUAGGUGCACUUCUUGUUGGUGCUACGAGUUCGCAUCACAAUGAUUUGAUUAGAUCGGCGACACCGGUUUCGUCGUUGUUGAGAUCUUCUAGUGUUGUUCAUGUUGAUGCUAUUGAUGAUGGACUUAACCUUGUUGUUUUCAAGAAAAGAUCUGAAAAUGUGACAACUUUUUUCAAUCACCGUCAACUUAGUUUACCUGCUGAUUGUCCUAGUUUGGCAUUAACCAAGCCUCUUAUAGAUCUGAUGGAGCCUCUUGUGAGUGAGAAACCGAAACCGUCUUGUGCGAAGUCGGUUUCGUAUUUGCCGAAGUUUGUAGAUGUUUCUACUAGGAAGAGGUUGGUGUAUAUUGAUAUUGGGGUAGGAGAGCUUUUGAAUGCAAAUGUUAGUGAUUGGUUUCUACCUUCAUAUCCAAUUGAUCAGAAAGAUUUCAAUGUUUAUUUUGUUCACUACAAUACUUCCAUAAUGUUGUCUUAUGUGAAGAGACCCGGUAUCACUUUUGUUUAUCACCCGGGAUUAGCCGGUAAGGCCUCCGCGGCCGAUGUCGAAGAUGAUGUGGAAGAUGAUGAAGUGGAUCCCUAUGUUGGGGAGGAAGAGUUUGAUUUCCUUGCUUGGUUCAAAGAAACAGUGCAAUAUGCUGAUUUUGUUGUGUUGAAGAUGAAUGCAGGUGAAGUUGAACUCAAGUUUCUGUCUGAUGUAUUUGACAGUGGAGCUAUAUGCUUUGUUGACGAGUUGUUUCUAAGAUGUCCUGAUAUCACAAGCAAGGAAAGUUGCAUGGAUGUUUACAAAAGUCUCAGAAGCAAUGGUGUCUAUGUGCAUCAAUUGUGGGGAGAUUAA